AUGCCGGUGAUUGGCGCGAUGUUACUUCAGUGUGCACCUCCGAACGACACCAUGAGCACUCCGCAGAAGCUUAUAUUACUCGCCCUGGUGGCGACGGCGGCCCUCGUCGCAGACGCGAAGGAAGCAAACGCUAAAGCGGCCGUUGAAACGAAAGAAAAGAGCAAACGAGGAUUGGAGUUGAGCUUAGGAGGCGGCGGUUUCGACAGUUUCGGUGGCCAUGGACUGAGUCUUGGCGGUGGACACGGUGGAUUGAGUCUUGGAGGUGGACAUGGAGGUUUGAGUCUUGGGGGAGGUCUGGGUGGAGGUCUUGGUGGAGGCCUUGGCGGAGGUCUAGGUGGAGGCGGAGGCGGCGGUGGCGGUGGUGACGGAGGCCGCAUAACUGGUAUCACGAUACAUCGGGAGAACCAAGUUCGUGUCCCGCAGCCGUACCCAGUCGAGAAACACAUACCGGUACCGUACCCGGUCCAGGUCAAGAUCCCCGUGGACCGUCCGAUUCCGGUGCACGUACCGAAACCUUAUCCAGUCCCAGUAGAGAAACACAUACCCGUGCCAGUGGAGAAAUCGGUCCCAGUGCCGUACAGCGUGCCCGUCAAAGUGCCCGUGAAGGUUCCUUUCCCGGUCAGCGUGCCAGUAAAGAUACCGGUCGCGAUCGAGAAGGAGGUUCCUUAUCCAGUCAAGGUCCCGUACUUGGUUAAGGAGUCUUACCCCGUACUCGUUAGCAGUGGCCAUGGAGGCGGCGGUCUUGGCGGCGGUUUGGGAGGAGGAUACGGAGGCGGCUUCGGGGGAGGAUACGGAGGUGGACACGAACUGUCCCUCGGCUACCACCAUUGAUUAGGAUG